UGGCAAGAAGCUGGCAUGCAAUUUGGACUUUCAACUCGACGACCACUCGAAACCAGUGUUUGCGCAAACAACCAUCGACACCACUGCUCAAGAUGAAGUACAUCUUUUCGCAAGAGCAGCUGGUCAUCCCAGAGGACGUCAAGAUCCAUAUUAGAUCUCGAAUUGUCACCGUCGAAGGUCCUCGAGGCAAACUCACCAAGGAUCUUUCACACAUCGCCGUCACCUUCUCCCUUCCCAAGGACACAGAAGGCCAGCAACUCGUACACAUCGAAAUCCACCAUGGCUCGAGAAAGAAUGUCGCAACCCUCCGAACUGUGAAGUCCAUCAUUCAAAACUUGGUCAUCGGUGUUACCAAGGGCUACAAGUACAAGAUGCGAUACGUCUAUGCCCAUUUCCCCAUCAACGUCAACAUUGAGAAGAACGAUGAGGGCCACUUCCAUCUAGAAAUCAGAAACUUCUUGGGCGAGAAGAUCGUCCGUCACGUCACAAUGGCCGAUGGUGUCACAGUCGAGGCAUCCAAGAACGUCAAGGAUCAAAUCGAAAUCACCGGCAACAGCCUCGAGAGUGUCUCCCAGGGCGCAGCCGAUAUUCAACAAAUCUGCAGAGUACGAAACAAGGAUAUCCGAAAGUUCUUGGACGGUCUUUAUGUCAGUGAGCGGGGCAACAUUGCUGAGGAAUAGACGGGAAUGAGUUGGUGUGGUUCAUGUUGAAGAAAUAUUCCAUUGCACGGUCAAGGCGUCGUCAACUGACAUAUUUGCUCAAAUCGAGAGUCACGCGUGUGCCAUAGGCUGUGCACUCUCUGAUAUCUGGCAGAAGGGUUGAAUGCGAAAAGGACACUUCCAAUACCAUUGAAUGAGCGAAAGGUUUCAAAUGACCAUGGUGGUGCCUGUCCUUCUCAACGCUCACGAUCUGAUCGAGGUCAAUGCCAUGUCGAUCGAAGCAGAAAUACGUUUUUGCCCACCUAACAACCUGACUAUCGGUCCAUCAUUUUCUGCCACCCAGGCUGGAGAUGAAGUGGCUUCCGCAUGACUGUGCCGUGACCAUUUCUGUAUGAACAGAGCCCUUGCACCUGUUCCGAUCG